AUAGCAAUUAUUAAAUUUUAAAAUAUAUUAUUAGUGUCAUGGUUCAUGAAACCUGUGCCUACCCUGACCACUUUUCUUUUAAAUGGAAUUUCAGGCACACACUCAGUCUGGUAAUAGCUUUGACAAUCUUGUUCCAUUUUCAAAAUAUCCAUACAAGGAUUCUGACUGUGGGGAUGACGAAAUGUCUGAGUUAGCGAAGGAGGAGAAAAGGCGAAAGAAAAUGGAAGCUGUCGCAGAUGACCUAUUUAAUAAUGAUAAGGCAAGGAAACGAGCCACAGCUGGUUCACGAGGCACUGUUGGUUCUCUUCGUAGCAUUCUUUCUUCAUGAAGUGGGCAUGAUGGAAUGCUAUAGCAGAGAUUUGUCCAAAGACGUGGCUUCAAAGAUGCUGCUCACUUGAUGACAGUUUCAACUGAAGGUUGAGUUUUUCACUUGUCUGGGUUUUGAUCGAGAAUGAAGUGAGAUUAUUGACCAUAUAUGGUGACACUCUUCCUCUUAUAUUUGAGUGGGCUCUUGAAGGAUCUAUCUAGUGACCCUUGUUAGCAUAUGAAGUAAACCAAGAGUUGAUAUUUCAGAGAAGUGAUAUGAUCAUGUCUUUAUCUUGGAUAGUGAAACAAUAUCAUGUGGUGUGUGUCGAUAUAAAACACAUUUUACGAAUGAAACUUUGUACGGAAAUCCUAGACACUGUAAAUCUUAUUUAUUCUCUCGACAUACCAUGUUGCUGCAACUUUCCUAUUCUUUUGGUCCUGCUUACUGUAGAAGUGGGAUUAGAAGAACUAUAUCUUACUUAAACGUCAAAAAAAGUUAGAAUAAUAAUUCUGUCGAGUUUAACCACGAGGAUUGUACGUAUUUAUUGAAUUUGAUUGAAAUUUUAUUUAUGUUGUAAAA